GAUAGGUCAAGAAAAGAUGGGAGUGGACCACGUUAUUUGCUACCUUGAGUUAUAUCAGAGGAAGCUUCUUUGUCCUGUAACUCUGAACUUAGGAGUAAAGUAUGUCGGUAUAUGGGCUUAUAAAGAUUGGGAACCCCCAGGAUUCAGUAUGAUGUCUUUAUCUAAUGGAGCAGAUAAGUGAUUAACUGCUUUGCUUAUUGAAUGUGGUUGUGUUUAGACUUAAACGUAAUUUGAAUAUACAGUCUGGUACGCUCCUAAACUUUUCUUAUGUUGAAUGUUAGCACUAUGUUUCAAACUUUGGAUGACUGAUGUCAUCUUAUAUUAAAAUCUGGAUAGUAUCAGUUCUAACGGGUUAAAGUUAUUCUUCAUCACUUGUGUCUCAAACUUAAGUUAUUCUACUUCAUCACUUGUGUCUCAAACUUUAGUGUAAUUAUUCUAUCUUUGAUAUUCACAUGUACACUUUUUAUAUCUCAGAAUCUCUUUUUUGCUUGAAAGCUUUAGACGACAGGGACCAUACAGUAGUGUCCCUGACAGUGACAGCGAUUAGAACAUAUGCUUGAGAUAAUGUGCCUCUCCUAAGAUUUUCCUAUUAGUGCAACUCCUAAACGUUUAUGGUGUGAAAUGCACAUUAUAUCGUAGAGUUUAACUUAUACACCCUACAAAGUGAAGAUUUUUUAUUUUUUUUUAUACUGAUGGUGUACAUAUAAGUUAAACUCUCUGUAAUAGAUGAUCUAAUGAGUAAGGACUGGAUAUUGUGGUCAGAAGGUUUCUAUUUGCUUUGGCCGGCACUUCUUUUCAGGAGUUCCUUUUACAGAUUCUUCGGAUGAUGAUACGAGACGUCAAGUAUAUUCUAAGUUUCUGACACGUUCAAACUAAUUCUGGAAUAAAGAAUAAAGUUUUCUUUGAUUUGCUUUGAUGGAGAUGCGAUGAUUUUGAAUCUGGUGGCUCCUUCUGUGUGUCCAAAUCACCUUUCUAAUGCCAGCAAUCAUGAACGUCUAAUUCUGUCGAAUUUAAUUUUGAUGAGUUCAAUCUAAAUUUUCCUCAGAAUUUAAACUUGAUAGUUCAACCUUUAAGUUCUUGCCCUUAAAUCCGUUGCAAGUUUGAGAUUAUGGAUUUAAAAUUGAAUUUAUAAAUGUGUUGAAAUUUUUGUAAUUAAUUCUACCGUACUCAGCAGUAAGGUCACCUUGGCAGUAUUGCACCUGCACUAGCGAAGAUAUGGAAAGAGUUGCCAGGGAAACAAUAAACAUAAAGAAUAAUUGGACAUCUAACUUUGUUAUAAACUGUUGUCGACCUAUCCCUACUAAUUCUCUCCCCUUUUACCCCACAUCUUCAACUAAUAUCUCUUCCUUUAGUUGCUUUUGGACAUAACGAACUUUAACUUUUCCAUGCUAUAUAUUUAUCUUACAAGCUAUAGUCCUCUAUGAAAGAGCAUCCCAACAACAGAACACGACUGUACUCUUUGUUUCAGUUUACAUAGUACCAGAGGAAAAAUCCACCAUCUUUGUUUAAAUUUUUGGUUGGUGUGUUUCUCUGAUCCACAAAUGUGCAUUGAAGAUCAAACACAGGAGAAUUUGAAGUAGGAAUACUAGAGUUAUGGGUAGUGAUGGUGCGGGCCGUGGCAGCAAUUUUUUGAGGGUUGUUAUUUUACUUAGUUUUCUAUGUUUUGUGUCUGCUGAGAUAUUAGAGAAUCGAGCAGCCAAAACUGUCACCAAAACAGUUACUGGGACAACAAACAUCCAGUUGGACACUAGGAGGAUAAUAGAAACAGAAAGGCAAGGGACCAAACUCAAUUAUGUCAGCAAAAGAAGAGUACCUAUCGGACCUGAUCCAAUACACAACAGGAAAGCAGGAGAGCACAUGGAAACACGCAUCCGCGCUUGAGCUUAAGGGAAAAAGUAAGAGGCUUGGCAACUACUAUUGGAAAGAGUUUCAACUGUCAACAAUAUUUUUUCUGCUUGGAAACUUUAAACGUGCAUUAUGCUUCUGAGCACUAAGCACCAUCUCAUUGUAAAGAAGCAAAUUACAAUCAAGUGAAUGAAAAUUUCAGCUGCCAAAUCAAA